CUUCCUCCCCCGACCGCUCGCGUCGGAUGGCUGCUCGGGUUCGGACUGCUCGAACAGCGGGCUUAGGAGCGUGCGCGCGCCCCCUCCUCUCCUCCUCUCUCGACCGCCAUGAUAGUGUUUGUCAGGUUCAACUCCAGCCAUGGCUUCCCGGUGGAGCUUGGGUUGGAUGCCAGCAUCCUCCAGCUGAAGGAGGCAGUUGCGCAGCGACAGGGAGUUCCAGCUGACCAGCUGCGGGUGAUUUUUGCAGGGAGAGAGCUCAGCAACGACUUAACGCUGCAGAAUUGUGACCUGGUACAGCAAAGCAUCGUUCAUAUUGUUCAGAAUCCACAGAAAAAUAGUGAUAAGGAUGAGACAGAAGACCAUGCUGGAGGCAUUCUAAAAACAUUGGGAAAAGUACCUGAAAGUCUAACUCGCAUAGAUCUCAGUUCCAGCAUCCUCCCAUCACUGUCCGCAGGGUUGGCUGUUAUUCUGGAUACUGAAGAACCCAGCAUUUCUCCUCCCUCUGAAAAAUCAGGUGCAGCCAAUUACAACAGUUUUUAUGUUUUUUGCAAAAAUUUCUGCCAAGCUGUGAAACCUGGGAAACUGAGGGUCCGAUGCAAUGAAUGUAAACAAGGAACACUCACUUUGGCAAGGGGCCCAUCUUGCUGGGAUGAUGUGCUGAUUCCGAACAGAAUAACAGGUGUUUGCCAGUCCCCAAAGUGCAAUGGAACCGUAGCGGAGUUUUACUUUAAAUGUGGAGCACACCCAACAACUGACAGUGAAACAUCUGUGGCUUUGAACCUCGUUACUACAAACAGUCGCGGUAUCACAUGUAUAACAUGCACGGAUAUUAGGAGUCCUGUGCUUGUGUUCCAGUGCAUGCAUCGCCAUGUCAUUUGCCUAGAUUGUUUCCAUUUGUACUGUGUGACAAUGUUGAAUGAUCGUCAGUUCAUCUAUGACCCAGACCUUGGUUACUCCCUCCCAUGUGUAGCUGGCUGUCCAGGCUCCUUGAUUAAAGAAGUUCAUCACUUCAGGAUUCUGGGAGAAGAACAGUACAACCGCUACCAGCGCUAUGGUGCGGAGGAGUGCGUGCUGCAGAUGGGCGGCCUGCUGUGUCCAAGCCCCAGCUGUGGGGCGGGUCUGCUACCCGAACCAGGAGUGAGGAAAAUUGUAUGUGAGCCAGGCAAUGGAAUAGGCUGUGGAUUUGUGUUCUGCCGUGAAUGUAAAGAAGAAUACCAUGAAGAGGAAUGCAGCUCUUUCCUCAGCACACAGGGAGCUGUGGCCCAAAAGGGAUAUAUAGUUGAUGAAAAUGCAGCCAUGCAAGCCCGAUGGGAAGAGGCAUCUAAAGAAACAAUCAAGAAAACAACCAAGCCAUGCCCCAAUUGCCAUAUUCCAGUGGAGAAAAAUGGUGGCUGCAUGCACAUGAAGUGUCCUCGACCUCAGUGCAGGUUUGAGUGGUGCUGGAACUGUGGCGUGGAAUGGAACAGAACCUGCAUGGGCAAUCACUGGUUUGACUGAUAGCACAGUGGCCCAGGGGCUAGCUGGCACUGCUGCUGCAACUGGCUUUCAUCAGGGUCACAUUCUGAAUUCCUUGCUUAAACAAAACUCCCAGUGGUUUCAGAGAUGUUCAGAAGUUAGCUCAGUUUGUUGUUUUUUUUUUUCUUGCUUGCCUAUGAAAUCAUACUAAACUUAUAUUGAAGGUAUGCCAAGGGUUUUAAAUCCACUAAAAGAAAAAUUGUUUUAAUGGACAGACUUGGUCAUUGUGGUAAAAGGGGAAUAACUUUCACCUUUCUGAAUAUCUGCAGCCUGUCAGCACAGAGAGAGACAGGUUCACCAUGAGGCACUCGCUUGAUAUUUCUAGUCAGAAAUCCCUAACUCCUGCAAGAGAGCAGCAGGUGCUUGUGUGUAUCAAGGGCUAUGGUGGAGAGUCUCGGCACCAACUCCUUUGCUCAGUCAGUACAAUUUUUGAUUUUAAGACUGUAUUUAUAACAGCUUAAUAGCUUUUUAGCAAAUGAAAGACACUGGCUGUUCAGUGUUUACUCAGGGUUCUUCUGAACUUACUGUGGGGUUCUUGCUUUCAAACCAAAUUCUCAUAGAAAUAGCGAGCUUUAUGCCAGUUUUGUGCUUGUGUAUUUGUAACACACAGCAUGAAAUCUGCCUAUAUCACACAGACUAUAUUACCUCUCAUAGAUUAGUUGAGGAUGUAUGCAGUUUGAGCUCUAACCACUAGUGUUGCAGUGAUGAUUGGGUAUGAUUAAGUGGUGCAGAAUCUAGACUAGGUUUCAUUUUUCUUGUGCUUACCGCUAUACUUUGGAUGUAGCAAGGGGAAGCAGGAGGAGCCUUCUUGGGGAUUCCCUUCAUUAUCAAUCUAAAUUGAUUCAGAAUAUGGUUAUACUUCUGAAAAUGUAUUCACAGCUCAAACAAUGAGAAACUUCUUUCAUUUUACAAUGUUUACACAAUAAGUAAAGCCUUAUAGCAUUUCCAAACCUGAGCAAUCUCACUGUUUCAUGUCCUUUACAUUGCUGUCCUAAUCUAAAAUGAAAAUGGGUACUGCUCAUCUCAACGUGUCAGGUAAGGAUUUCUUACAAUUCAUUUGAGAAAAAGCACACAGUGAAUAAAAGUGUCAAAAUUUACUUAAUUUCUUAUGUAUUUAUUUAUUUUUAUACAAUGUGAGUACAAAGAUGCUGGGUGUAAUGGAUAAUGCAUUUUCUUGACAGAUUAAACUCAGCUGAUUCCCAGCUGGGAGACUAGCCCUUUGAUUAAAGCAUACUCUUAGAAGAAAAUGAAUGCCAGGGCCAUGAACUUUUUUGUGUCAAGUCUGAAUUAACAACUUGUGUGGUGAGACUGUAGACUUCUGAAAAUAUGGGUGUGCCUUGUAUUAGUCAGUGCAGAGCAAAAAUCUCGAGGUACAAAGAAAUCCCAGACUCUACAAGAAUGCCCCACUGCUAAAAGCAGUGGACUGCUCAUCUGUCUCAGCUGGAAAUCACCUUAAAAGUCUGAGGAGGAAAAAAUAAUGGUGAAGGGGUAAGGUACCAAAAAUGAGACUGAAAUGAUGGAAUUAAGAAAAUGCUGUGAGAGAGAGGAAGUGGCAAAGAGAGCACAGUGGCCACCUGGUAAAGGCCAUUUUCCUUUUUAGUACCAGUGAACUAAAAUGUGUGCAGAAAUGGUUUCAUUAGAGCACAGGAGUGCAAUAGAAUGAUGUGAUGUAGUUCAUAUAUGUACAUUAUCUUAAUGAGAAUAUUUUACUGUUAGCUCUGAUUAUUUCCUUAUUUGAUUUCCUUCACCUGGGUCUAUUUUAUCAUUUUAUGGCUUUUUACCAACAGGCUUGGGAAAAAUCUCCAUGAAUAAUUUUGCAUUUAUACUAAGUUACAUGGGAGAAGUCUGGAUCUCUUUCCCAUUUUUGCUUAGUGCCUUUCUUACAGAGAAAGAAAAACUUGUCUACUGGAAGACAUUUUCACUGAGACAGAGCUAUCCAUAACAAGUUAAUAUUUUAAUGUAGAUACCUAUAACAUAAGCUCCUGGAUCAAGGUCCAUUGAAGUCAAGGGACCAUAUAGAUCAGCUUCUGUAUUUCUCGUCUGAGCAGGGCACGACUGAGCAUGAGUCAUAAGGCUACAACAGAAAGAUCUCUUUCUUGGGAAGAAUUCAUCAGAAGAUGGGAGUAUGAACAUUUAUCAAAGCCAUAAGCAAGGGCAAGAAAGGAGAAUAAAGGAGUUCAGAAUAAAGGCACUGACUCAGUAUUAUUCACUUUUAGAGUGUGACUUUAUAGCCCCUUGCCACGUAAGACUUCUUCACACAGUCCAGAUUCUCAGUUUGCAACCAUAUGACACCCACUUGCCAAAAAAAAAGUGUGGCUUCUGCAGAUUUUGGUAGAACACAUCCUGAUCUUCUCUGUAUUAAUAUAUAUAUCUGUAUCUGUAUACACACAGUUUGAGAUGGUACAGCCAUCUGUACCUCACUUCUGUUUACAGUAAGAUUAAUUUUCAUGGUUUUUACAAGGUAGAGGGCAUGAAAAAAUAAGAUUAAUGCUCUGCUGACACAGUAGGAAUGCUAGAAUGCCUACAGAAAUGUGUGAAGGGGACCUAAAAUUUCCUAUGCUGCUUUCUUCUUUUUUAUUCUGCGUGGAAAAAUACCUUUAAAGAAUGUAAAAUGUUUGAUUUAAAACUUACUGAAACUGUGAUUUAAAUCAAAGUGAAACAAAACAAACCAAGUCUUGGGUGUCUCUGCAGUCUGUUACUCUAAUUUCAGCAUUGGGCAGAAACGGUGGGAUUACUCCCCCCCAGCUUUAUCUGUCAGUUGGUUUGAUAGCCUCAGAGGUUUAGAUAUAGACCUGCUGCGUAUGUGAAUGGGAACAUAGUAAGUUUCAAGCACAUUUGGUCAUGGCAGAAGUCUGAUGGAAAAGUUCCUGCCAAGGACUGAGUGCAGCUCCAGAUGUACAAACAGGACUGUGGGUAUCCUCCUUGUUCUGUCAUUAUUACAGAGGAGUGGGGAGGUGGAGGGGCCCUUUUCUUAAAACUUACAAACUCUUUUUUUUUUUUGCCAGCAUUCAUUUGCCUGGUAAGUGCUCCCUUUGACUGGGUAUCAUGCCUCUGGAAGUACUCCUGCCAGCCGCAGGGUGAAGAAGGGAAACAGGACUCAAGCACAAAGCAAGAGGCAGACUGAGGGCAUAAGCAGAUGCAGAAGUUUCAAGAGCUUGUAGGUUUGUGUUCACCACUAGCAAUGCACUCUGGAAAUACUAAAACUUAAUGUUGAAAGAAGAUGAUUCAUUACAGUGAUAUAAAGCAAAAGAAGAAGUCUGCAUCUUUUUAUGUUUAAGUUUGCCGUUGCUAAUUGAAGUUGCUUCACCUCAAACUUUCUUCAUCUUUUGGAUUAAUACAAUUAGAGACUUGCUCCUGAUUCUGCAACCUGAGCUCCAUUUAAUGUGUGUUAAAUGGAUUAAGUACGGAAUAUAUGCUGAAAUAUUCAAUUAUAAUUAUCUCUGUAAUAAUUCAGCUCUAUAACAAUACAGAAAAUGUCUAGUAUUUAGUUCCAGCUGGCAGUGAAAUCUGAAGACUGAGUAGAUUAAGGAGAAAAUAUGUAACAUCUUGGCUCCCUAAGGACAAAGCAUAUCUCAAAGCUUAGCAUUAAUAAUAUUUUAGGAGCCGUGACAAUUAAAAUAUGUUUUGUAUGUCUGCCCUUACCUUUUUGCCAACUACAAUCCAACUAAUUUUGUUUUAAAAUGUAAACUUUAAAAAGAAAUUAGUAAGUGGCACUUCAGAAGAAAAAUUAUACCACUAUUGUAAAAGUCACACUCUCAAAGGACAGUUAAGUAUUGAGUUUUGCCUUUUGCAUAUGAAUAACCUACAAAGCAAUGGAGAGCUGCGGUCUGAUUCUUUAAAACGAGAUUUUGCUCCCAAGCAGCAACAUUCACAUGCUUCUUUCAGUUCCUCCUCAAGCAACAGCAAAGCCCGAAAAAGAAAGCUCUGGACCAAGGCAGCCAACAGAAGGAAGCCUUGUGUCUGCUUAUCCUGGCAGUACUUCAGCAAUUUCACCCAUUUUUAAAUCGCUCCCAUUUUUAAGAAGAAUAGAAACAAUGACCCAGGGAACUACCAACCUGUCAUUCUCAACUCUGUGCUGGGGAAGGUCAUGGAACUGAUCCUCCUGGAAGCCGUGCUAAGGCACAUGAAAGAGUGGGAGGUGAUACUUGGCAACCAACAAGACUUCACCAUGGGCAAGUCCUUCCUGGAAAACCUAGUGGAUCUUAACACCCUGGAAGUAUAUCGUUUUGAUGGGUGCACUGUUCAGUAGAUGAAGAACUGGUUGCAAGAUUGUACCCAGAGAGUGACAGUCAAUGACUCAGUGUCCAGAUGAAGAUGGUGACAAGUAGUGACCCUCAAGGGUCAGUACUAGUCUUGUGCUCUUUAAUAUCUUCACCAAUGAGAUUGACACUCUGGUCAGGUGCACCCUUGGCAAGUUUGCAGAUGACACCAAACUGUGAUGUGCUUGACUCACCUGAAGGAUGGGAUGCCAUCCUGAGAGACCUAGACAGGCUUGAGCAGUGGGCAAUCUUGAAACCCCUAGCUGUAGGGUGUGCUCAUCACUCCCAAUGGACAUCAUCCAAAGAGACCUAGGCAAACUGAGCACUGGGUGCAGGAGAACCUCAUGAGAUUCAAUAAAUCGAAGUGCAAUGUCUAGUGCCUGGUUCAAGGCAACUCCCACUGUCAGCACAAGCUGGGGGAUGAAAGAAUUGAGCACAGCUCUUCCAGAAAGGACUUGGGAGGUAUGGGUGGAUGGGAAAUUGGACAUGAGCCAGCAAUGUGCCAUCACAGCCCUGAAAGCCAACCAGAUUCUAGGCUGAGUCAAAAGAAGUGUGACUAGCAGAGUGAGGAAGGUGAUCCUCUGCUCUGCGCUGGUAAGACCUCACCUGGAGUAAUGCAUCCAGAUGUGGAGACCUCAGUACAGGAGAGGUGUGGACCUGUUGGAGCAUGUCUAGAGGAGUGCCACAAAAAUCACCCAAGGGAUGGAACAUCUCUGCUACAAGGACAGGCUGAAAAAGCUGGGGCUGUUCAGCCUAGAGAUGAGAAGGCUCCAUGGGGGUACCUAAUAGUGGCCUUUCAGUAUCUAAAGAAGGGCUGUAAGAAAGAAGGGGAGAGACUUUUCAGCAGGGUCUGUGGUGAUAGGACAAGGGGAAAUGGUUCCAAACUUAAAGAGAAUAGCUUUAGGCUGGAUAGAAGGAAGAAGUCUUUUAGAGUGAGGGUAGUAAGGCACUGGGUUGCCCAAAGAGGUGAUGAAAGCCCUUUCCCUGGAGACACUCAAGGUCAGGCUGGACCACACUGAGCAACCUGAUCGAGCUGUGCACGUCCCUGUUCAUUGCAGGUGAGUUGGAUUAGAUGAUCUGUAAAGUCCCUUCCAACUCUAAGGAUUCUAUGAUUCUAUUUUCAAAUUCUUUUAUCAAACAGAAAACACAGCUGCAUAUUCUUUGCUGUUCAGAGCCCUUUGUUUAUGCAGUGUGUCAAAAUGCAUACAGUUAUGUGCCAUCACUUGAGCCAGCACUGCACUGCACUGUACUGCCUUCCCCAUGCCCUGCUUUCAGUCGACACAGAGUUAAUAGCACACUGACAGUUUGCCUAUUGCUGAGCAAUGGCACCACGUUUACAGCUCAGGGUGUUAUUGCCAGCCAGGCCAGGCUGCAUGUGGGCCGCGGGCCACAGGUUGGAUAUGCCUGGUCUAGGAGUUACAAAAGUACAUGCAAUGAGUAGCCCCCUCUCAUAUUUUGGGCAAUUGCACCAGAAAAAUGUUAAUGGCUUUAAGCAAGCAGUGAGGUGGGCAAGCUGUGAGAAGCUUGUUUAUUAUAUGGAGGAUCAAAUUUAACGUAGUGGCCUUUGUAUGUGCAGGAAUUACUUUGCAGAACUCAGGUCAUACACCAUUUUAUUUUUCUUCCUUAUUAUUAAUAGGGCUUUCUUCUUUGCUUUUAAUUCAUUUUUUUCCUAUCUGUGUCAUCUUUUUCUGAAUAAUGGAACAGUGGUUCUAUGCCAGUAGAUAAAAUAUGAAGCAAGACGUCACGUUACAUUACUUGUUUGGCUUUUAUCCCUUGAAAGCUUGAGGAAUCCACAAAAUCCAUGUCAGCAGGGAAGUGCCAUUAUUUGCAUUUUAUAGUCAGGGAGUUCAGCUCAGGCAUAACAACCAGACCACGUGUAGACAAGAGGCCAGGCAUGUGCCAGUCCUCUCCCCAUGGCUGCAUUCCCACACAGGGGAAAGCUGUGGCCACACCACAGUGGGUGGCAACCUUAUGCCAACAUAACGAUGAUGUUAGCCCAGGGAAGCAGGAAGCACACAAAGAAAAUAAAAUAAAAUUUUAAAAGGUUAGGUUUUUCAAUGGCCUAAACUGUGACCUAAAAUGACAUCCUGUGUAACCGCUGGGAUUUUCAACUACUGGCUUCACUGGGAGAAGGGUAAUUUAGAGGCUUUGAAAACACAAUUUAGUUUGACUCUUUAGCAGCACGUAAGAGAUCUCUGGGAGAACUUAAUGUCCCAGCUUUCUCCUUGUUCAUUUAAUAUUUCAUCUUUAAAACAUAUUUGUGCCCCCUCUCUCCACCUCGCUUUAGUGCCAACUAAAAUCCAUUAAGUACCGAUGUCAGAGUUCUUUUAAAAAGCUUUAGUUAAGUACAGCUGAAGCAAUACACUGACUACUCAUUCUUAGUUGGUUCGUGACUGUAUUGUCUGCCUCAUAAACAAUAAUCUCUGUAGUCUGACAACUUUAUUUUCUGUACACCAGCCUUGAAACUAAUUGGAUGAGGAUUUCAAGCAAUGAUUAACAGGCACUGCUAAAAUAGAAAGCAGCAAUCAAAAAAAUGAAAUAGUAUUCAGACACUACAUCUACUGGGGCCAAUGUAAUGUGGAUAUUUUUUUCUUGUAAUGAACUGUAAAUGCUCCUGGAUAAGAUUAGACAGCUGAGUUUGUUUAUCCCUGGAAGUUAAUACUGGAAAACUCUGCACUGCUCUUUUCCAAAGUACAGAGAUCACAAUAUGGUAAAAAAAUUUACAUUUUUUUUAAUUAGUAGCCUAAGUCUGUGUGUUCCAGAGGUAAUGGAGUUAAAACAGAAAAAACCAAACCACGUCAGUAAGCCACAUUGACAUUUCAAACACUCACUGCUGCAAUAAAUGGCAAGUUUGCUUGUCUUUUUUUUUUUUUUAAUUUGCUUCUUGAAGGCAAAAAUGGCUGUGAUAUUUAAAUUAAAAUUAGUUAAUGAAGCUUAAAUCAAAUCUGAUUCAAGAUCAUGAGUUUUAGCAGUGAUGUAACUGAUUAUAAGGCCAUACCAAAAUAUUAUUCAGGCUGUGCUUAGUGAAUAUUAAAGUACUUCUUGGAUAACCUGCAAUCAUUCAGGUAUUUAGUUUAUUUCAGAAGUACAACAACAUAGGAUAUUUUUAUUGACACCGUUUGUUGGAUUUUAAAGAAAGCAAACAUAGGCUUCUAAACAGCAUUAGCAGCAAGGUAGCAUGGUAGGAUGUCUCCUCCUGACAUUAAUGGUCUCUUUUCAUGCAACGUUUGCUAUGUACAAGUUAAAAACAAUCAGUGGCAUUUCAUUUUUAGUCCUCCUUUUUGUAUAGCUUUGGGCAGGAUUGAAUAAAUAAAAAUACAAAGCAAACUGAAACUUUUUUCUGAUUCCCAAUGCUGAGCUUUCUGAAAAAAUGUGGUCUGAGAAACUUGAAAUCAGUGUUGGCUUCUUCAGAAAACACAAAAUAUCCAUAAUUUAGAGCCUGCUCUAAUGAAUACAUUCAGUGUCUCUUGUUACAUUUCCAGCAAGCAGUACAUACAUCACAUUGUUAUUUUGCCAUUUGUAAAUAUUAUUUACUUACUUAUUUACACUGAAUUAUAAAAGGUCUUAGCAGAGCUUUACCAAGUCUCAAAUAAGUUAUUUCUAUUUACUGUUAUGCAUCACUGCUUCAUCUGAAGAAAAAUGGGUUUUGUUGUUGCCUCACUCCACUAUGGAAAAGAGCAUGAAGAGAUACAUGGGUCUUGAUGUUUCCAGGGGCAUCUUAUGAGGUCCCUCCAUAUAUGUUCUCCCAACUUUGUUCUCCAGGCUUUACUUGGCCUACUCUCAAAUGAAGUUUCAAACUUUGAGGACUGUAUGAUCAAUUAUUUAACUGCUUGCAGAGAGAAAUCCAGAAGUCUUUCUUGUUAAUGCAGCCAUUGUCUCUGAUUCAACAACUCCUCCAGUUUGUCAGGUAUCUACACUUUCUGACUAUUUAUCUUUCUCUCUCUUUUUUUCUUUUUUUUUUUUUUUUUUUUUUUUCAUUUAUACAGUGCUAGUUAUUUACUGCUGUGUGUCACAGGAUACAGGCAAGUUACUGCAAAUUGAGCAAAUAUAGGUAAUCAUCCUUUUGGUAAUCGUCCUUGAAUGUGUUUGUGAGUGUUGUAAAUGUUUUCUUCAAGUGCUACAAAAGCUUUUUUUUUUUUUUUUUUUAAACUACUUUGCAGUACUGUAAAGCUUCUAUUUUCAGUGAAUUUGAUAGCUUGAUGGGCUUGAAUAACUCCAGAUUGAUAACUUAUUUGUUUACUAAACUUGUUUCAGUCCUUGAGGUUUGCCUAUAGUGCUACUGUAGAUGUAGAUCUCAUAUAGAUGUAGAUGAAUACAGUGGAUUGAUUCUGGGCAGCAACUAAGUACCUACCUCAGUGAUCACACCCACUCCCACACUGAGUGGGAUAGGGAAGAAAAUAGGAAGAGCAAAAGCAAGUAAAAAAAUACACGUGGUCUGAGGUAAAGAUAGUUUAAUAACUGAAAGAAAAGCAAUCAGCACUAGCCAUGAUCAAACUAAUGCCCAGUCAGUCUCCAAACAACAGUUACUUUAAAAAGAAAGCCACCCAGUUUUUGUUGCUGCAAAUGACAUUAUUCACCAUGGAGUAACCCUUUGGUCAGUUCAGGUCUGUACCUUCCAAACCCCUUGCCUGUCCCUGGCCCACUCACCAGGGUACAGAGAAGCAGAGAGCGCUUCAGUGCAUCAGCAACAGCCAAAGUACUUGUGUGUUAGCAACACUGAUUAAAUCACAAAUGCAAAACAAAUCACCAUAUAGGCUGCUGUGGAGGAAAUUAACUCCCUCCCAGCCACGCUCAAUACAACAAACUUGGUCUGAACUAGGUGGCUCAGAUACUGCUGAACAUGUGAUGAUGGCAGCAUAAAUUACCUUAUCCCUUGGCCUGCACAAGUGCUCCAAGGGCUAAGAAGGGCUGCACUCAUGGUGAAGGAUUUUCCUCAACAGGGAUACUAGCAGUUUUUCUGCUUGACUAGCAGUCUGUUUUUAUAGAUGCAGUAUCUUCUGGAUCUUUUUGCCUUGGCCAAACUUGGUUGAAAUUGGCUAAUAUUGAAAAGCUUCUGUAGGAGGGUUGAUAGACAGCUCCACAGACAAACAGGGUCAGACAGAUAAGAAACUAGGAAUAAACAAAUAAACACAUAUAUGUACAUUAAAUUCUCACCAUGCUAUCAGGGAGUAGAGCGAAGUCAGAGAGGUGAAGCUAAGGAAGCUGAACAGCCUAAUUUUAUCAUUAAAUCAUGUCUACAUGAAUCAUUAAGCAUCCAAUCUUUGAUUUUAAUUCCCACAUUGAAUUGAAACCACAAGUUCUCUAUUAACCUAAGGGAAGAGUUGCAUACAUUUGGAUAGACAGUAAUAAAUUGAUUCAUUUCUGUGCAUUCUCUUUUUGAAUGUUGGAAAGGAGCUACAAGAUCAUCUAGUCCAACCGUUGGGCUAUAUAGGAAGCAUGAAGUUUGUUAGAUUUCAAGGCAAAACCCGGGCCUUAUCCUGUAGUGUUAACAGAUGUUGUUUCUACCAAGUUGUGGGGAAAAGGAAGCUGGCAUUAAUUAAAAUAUUAAUCACAUCAGUGAUGAAAAUUGCAGAAAUCAUCUAAUUCAUUUUCACCAAAUGUUCCCUGUGUGUCUCUUGACUUCUGAUGAAGUUUGGAGCAAUCCAACUCUUAUCUCAGGUAUCUCAGUUAAAUAUCUUGCACUGAUGAGAUUACACCAGCUGUAGACAUCUUGCCUUUUGCUAUGAUUUAAAGAUCACUCAAGCAUAGGCAACCCAACUCCCUCAUCACUAGGGAGGACAUUUGUCACAGGUGAUUGCAGUCAAACUUAUUUCUGUUGCAGCGGCUUGGUUAUAAAUGGAUCAUUGGACCAGCCUUCUUACUUCGUGCAGCGUCUGAGCAUGUCAUGCUCCAGGGGGAAAGAUGAGAGGAGGAAAGACACAAAAGGAAUCUCAAUAAUCUCGAUUUUUGCUCUGCUAGAUUCCAGCUCAGACCCUAUUUAUUGUUAAGAGAAGAAUAGAGAGAGUUUUUCCAGAGGGGGUUCUAAUGGCUGUUUAUCAGUAGGUGACAGCGUUUGAAAGAAUGCAACACAUUUAUAAUCACAUCCUUACAUUUUCCUAUUUAGUUUAUCUCGUGGGGAUUCUUAAACCUUUUUCUUUUUUCUAAUUGAGGUUACAUACUAUGAUGUCUGAUAGAAUAUAAGCUGUAUUGCUAAAUAAUAAUUUUAAUAUAUAUAAAUGAGGCACAUUUUAAAAGAAUUAUUUUCACUCUCUACUGCAGGAUCUAAAAAUGCUGAAGUUUAAAUAAGAUGUUGUCUUCUUUGCCAUUUAUGCAUUUUCUAACUUUUUUUUCCCAGUGUUACCACCUAGCAGCAACUAAAUAAAUAGCAUUCUAGAAAAAUUGAGUAGAAUAUUAAGAAGGUAUCUCGCAUUUACGAGAUAAAAGACAUACGUGCCAUAUACUUCUUGGAACACGUACUAAUCUGUAACAUUUAUAGAGUUUUCAUUUCUGUCUGUAGAAAUAAUAAUAAUAAAAAAAUCUCUCCAACUCUUUAACAGUUUUUUUUUUUUUUUAGUAAGGAAACAAAAAUGAAAUUCUUUGUGGUUGUAGUGGUUAUAAUAAUAAAGCCUAUGUAAUGUGGGUUUCAAAAACACACAUAACAUUUUAGCAAGCUGCUUAAUGGAAAACCCAGCAGCAAAUGUUAGCACCACCAAGUAAGUGCUCUUAGGGCAUCCUUUGUGUAUAAAGCAGUGCCUUGUCAGACACCAUUUCUCCAAAAUAUGUUUUAAUGUUUCUGGAAACCCUAAGAAUUUUGUGUUUGCUGAGAAAACAUAAUAAUAUUAAAUC